AGAUGACGUAGCCGGGGGCGUCAGGUUCUGUGUUGGUUGGAGGGAGCAUGUGGGUCUGCAGCACGCUGUGGCGGGUGCGAACCCCCGGCCGGCUGUGGCGGAGGCUGCUCCCUGCUUCUGGCUGUCACGGACCUGCCGCCUCCUACUAUUCCGCAUCCGCCGAGCCUGCCCGGGUCCCGGCGCUUGUCUAUGGGCACCACGGGGAUCCAGCCAAGGUCGUCGAAAUGACUGUGCUAAAGAGCCGAAAGAUGAGUCCUGAACGGUGGGAGUCCUGGAAGCCGGAAGAGACGCAGGGAGGGUGUGGUUGUGUCCAGCACACCAAGCCACCUGCAACCAAGGAGCUUUGCUCAGGACUGAAGAACCUGGAGCUAGCUGCUGUGGGAGGAUCAGACGUCCUCGUGAAGAUGCUGGCGGCCCCUAUCAAUCCAUCUGACAUAAAUAUGAUCCAAGGAAACUACGGCCUCCUUCCCGAACUGCCUGCUGUUGGAGGGAACGAAGGUGUUGCCCAGGUGGUAGCGGUGGGCAGCAGUGUGACCAGGCUGAAGCCAGGAGACUGGGUGAUUCCUGCAACUGCUGGUUUGGGAACCUGGCGGACCGAGGCCGUGUUCAGCGAAGAAGCACUGAUCCAAGUUCCGAAUGACAUCCCUCUUGAGAGCGCUGCCACCCUGGGUGUCAAUCCCUGCACAGCCUACAGGAUGUUGAUGGACUUCGAGCAGCUGCAGCCAGGGGAUUCUGUCAUCCAGAAUGCAUCCAACAGUGGAGUGGGCCAAGCGGUCAUCCAGAUCGCCGCAGCUCUGGACCUGAGAACCAUCAAUGUGGUCCGAGACAGACCUGAUAUCCAGAAGCUGACUGACAGACUGAAGAGUCUGGGGGCUGAGCAUGUCAUCACAGAAGAGGAGCUAAGAAGGCCCGAAAUGAAAAACUUGUUUAAGGACAUGCCCCAACCACGCCUUGCUCUCAACUGUGUCGGUGGGAAAAGCUCCACAGAGCUGCUGCGGCACUUAGCGCGUGGAGGAACCAUGGUAACCUAUGGGGGAAUGGCCAAGCAACCCGUCAUAGCCUCUGUGAGCCUGCUCAUUUUUAAGGAUCUCAAACUUCGGGGCUUUUGGUUGUCCCAGUGGAAGAAGGAUCACAGUCCAGGCACCGUGCCCUGAAUAGAGCACUAGACCAAACCAGAGCAGCUGGAAAUGGUGGAGAAGAGAAGGCUCAGUCCUGGUACAGCAUCUGCUCUCAUCGGAAGGCAGGAACAUUCCUGGGAAGACAGCAGGGCUAGCUGAAAGGUAAGUGGAAAGGAGACACUGGCACCUUCUGAAAGAGAAGAAAGCUUCUUACAACUUUCCCGUGUCAUUGAUAUGUUAAUGUCACCACUUUACAGAAGCAGCAGCCUCUGAGAGACGUAAAGUGAGUUGUUCCAGAUCACACAGCAGGCAGCAGAGCUGACACAAGAAGCCAGGUCCCCUGACCAUGUCUGGUCACUACCCAGACAGUCCCAAUUCUUUUGGCCACACAGGUGGCCUUGGAAGUCCCCCUCUUCUCAAGACUCCUUGAUUUUAUUAUUGACAUGUCAACUUUAAGAGAGUUCAAAUUUCCCUGAGUCUGUGUCUCAUGGGGAGGCAUGAGAAAAAGGCAGAAGCAGGAGGGUAUUGAAGUAGUCCAGGUAAGAGAUUAUUUAUGUAUUCAUUCAAUAAAUAUUUUAAACACUAUGUGAAAGGCACUGUUGUUAGGUGCUAGGGAUAGAGCAGGAAAGAAAAAACAUGGCCCCAUACCUUACAUUCCAGUGGUGGAGAAAGACCAUGCACAUAAAUAAAGUAAUUACAGACUGUAGUAAGUGUCGUGAAAUACCACAGACAGCAUUUGAGAUAAGGUGGACGAGGAAGGCCUGAGGCCUGAAUGAGAAGGAGCCAGUCAGUAUUCCAGGCAGAGGCAGUAGCACAGAUAAAAGCCCUGACUGUGAACAGUCUGAUGAGGCCUGAACUCGUUUAGGAGGUGGGAAUGGAAAGAAGGGAUGAAUUUGUGAGUAUUUAGAAGGAAGGAAUAAUCAGAAGGACAGACUGAAUGUGGUAGCUGAAGGUUGAACUUUGGCACCUUGGUGAUAGUGGUGCCACUUGCAUUGGGAAAGGAGGAGCAGGUUUUAGGGACACGCAUUUCCCCUCUGGAGGGCUCUCUUUCCCAUCUGUACAAUAGGUUAAUAUAACAAUCCAGGGGAAAAAAAAGACCACGCUUAGUG